AUGAGGAGAUUUACCUCCAAACCCAGUGUGGGAAAAAAUACUUCAAAGAACACCCCCUGUGUAGAGAUGACGACGGUACACAACAGAAGGGUGCGCACAGUAGGGCAAGGCUCGUUAAGUGGCGCUGGAGGACCAGUCAAUGACACAGUCGUACGCAGCGCUGAGAAUACGGCCGAAUAUGCUGUAUUCGCCUUGGUGCCCAUCUUUUGCGUGACGGGCCUGCUGGGUAUCAUGAUUUGCAACUUGUUGAAGAAGAAAGGAUGCCGCUGCAAUGCCGAGAAGGAUGGGCUCGAUGCGGAGGCGGCGACACCGAACAGAGAAGGUAAUAAUUACGAUGACCUAAAUGAAGACACCAUUGGCAUUCUUGUUCGUCUCAUUACUGAGAAAAAAGAAAAUGCUGCUGCGUUAGAAGAACUACUGCAGGAGUAUGAGAGCAAACAGAUGGCCCUGAGCAAAGUUUCGUCAGUCAAGUUCCCGAUGCUCCCUCUUUUGUCCUCAUUCUGCUCCCUCCCCAGGCUUUGCCCCCAUCAGUCGCACCUGCACACUAUCUCUGGCCUCUCCGACUUGGGACCAAAGCAUGGCUACCGUUGCUCCCGAUGUGCCCAAAAGAAAUGGCCCGCUGUACUCAUACCCCCUCUGGAUUCAUUUAAAGAUCCGCUUCGGUCUCCACAGACCUACAUCUUACCCACUCUGAAAAUAUCCACGGAACAGAAGAAGGACCCCCUGCUGUCAGGAAUGUGUGUUAACACUCAGUGUCCACAACCUGCCCUGCCGAAAAAUGUGCAGGAGACCGUGGAGAGCAAUGCGAAACGGGAAUGGACAGAGCUGAAAGUUCUGUCUGUGGGAAGAUUUCAAGUGGCUCAGAUCCCUGAAUAUAAACCAGUCAUAGAGGAAACAAGGGAACCAUCCCAGGACCAAAGUAAAUCCAUUUUUGGUGGGAUUCAGUUUUCUUCCCCUUCAUUAGCGGGCCUCAUGAGGUGACUCGAGAAGCUGUUUGAUUAUACUACCUCUGACAAGGACAACCUGUAUGGCAGGCCUGCAGCGAGACGCCAACAUCAAACCACUGGGCCCAACCACGCUGUAAGAAGUUGUUCAUGCCGCACAAAAUGAAACCUAAAAGAAUGAACAGCAUGCAGUUAAUCCAAAGGUAAAGUGUGGAUGAACACUGAGUUGGAGCAGAGAGCUUUAUACUGUAGUAUUGGAUUAGCAGCUGUCAUUGCUCAGCACUUUAGGGCAGGUGAGAGGAAGAAUACACCCCACCCCAGUGUUUGAACAUUCAUAACAAAAGACACAUGCUCAGGUAAACUUGCUCUCAUGCUUAUGCAAUAGGCUGUCUUUCUUUCCUGUUUGAAGGACAAACCCAUUAGUCAAAAGAAAACAUCCAAUCCAAGGUAGGUGUAUAAAGUGAGGUAAACAUUCAACCAUGUAGAGUAUAACGUGAUCCCAAAGUAUGAAUGAGGUUUUCAGCACGAUGAUCAUAUGACAGGUUACAAUAGCGGUAAGGAAGGAAAGAAAGAGAAAAUAAUGUUCUAUUCAAGUGCACUAAUAUAGCUUCUAUUGCUUCAAUGGUAUCUGGCUGUUUAGAUAUGAAUAGAAAGUAUGUAUUUCAUAAUAGGCUAAUUUGUUUUAUUGAGGCAUUAAGCAGAAGUGAAGAUAGUCAGUUUUAAAUAAUUGUACAUGUGACUAUAUAGCUUGGAAGACGGCAAAAGUAUUUUUCCUCAUUUCAUAUGUCUUAAAAUUGCUCAUGCAAAUAAAUGUCAAUGGUCGUGUCAAAUCAAGACAAAAACACUCUAGCAGCGUUUGAUCAACUUGAUCAACAUUAAAACAAAAAGACGAAACCUGAACUCUAACUUGACUUUUGAAAUAAAGUCUAAUAUGUACAUAUAUUUGAAAAGAAAAUGGUUUGUUAACUUAUUUCCACUCGUAACUUAUUUUCAUUUCUUUAAUUAAAAGACCUCAUGCAUGUACUGUAUAUUUAUGAAAUGGUUGCUGAGGGUUUUGUGGUUUUAAUUGACAUAUUCCUGAAUAUUAAGUAAUGUACUUCUUAUAUUUAUAUCACUUGUAAUGCCGUCACCACCUUGUUACAAACGCAUUUACAUGACGGAAUAUGAUCAUUCUUUUCAUCUGUCAAGUGUUGCUGGAUUUAGAAAAUGCAUUUCCAUGUCUCUUUUGUAAAUGUGUUUCUACUGUUGAAAUAAAAGGAGGGAAUGUC